AUGUACGACAUUUUGAAGUUGGUUGAAUCAAACUCAUAUGACGAGUUGGAGUAUCUCUUGGACACAUGGACAGCUUCGCCAUUCGUCAAAACCACCAUUACUCAACGUCUACGCACAGUCAAAAGUGUACUGGACAGUGCUAACUUUGAUGGAAAGACGCGAAUCAUCAUCUUUGUCACUCAAUCAUCAACAAAAUCAACAACAGUUCGAGCAUUCCACUUGGUGUUCAAAGAUAGGAGACUGGGCAUGAUCAUCAUGAAGACGAUUGGUGAUGUGUACAGGAGGUUUGGUGUCAACGAUGACCAACUGAUCAAAGGUGGAGAACUUCUGGCCAAUCAUUCACUGGUCGACUAUAUCAAGUAUGGUGCCAUUGAAUGGUUCCUCAAGUCAUACUACCCAGUUGCCAACAUAUACCCUGACAACACCAAGUUGCUCACAGCAGCACUCAUUCGUGCCGACACCCAAGUUAUGGACGCCCCCCUGGCCAACCCCUCUAUGAAUAUCCUUCAUCAUGAGUAUGAUUCCAUCCUACAAUCAAUCGUGGAGCAUCAUUCACACUGUCAUCAGGAUGGAUGGGAGCGCAGCAUCGAUGAGAUGCUGACACUCAAUCAAAUGUCAAAGUACAAGGUUGAUGGUUUGAUUUUUCCCAAGGUCAACCAUCCAGCGCUCAUGUACAAGUUGAUCACGAUCAGCAAAGAUGUCUACCCAACGCAACACAUCAAAGUGAUGUUCAAGCAUUGGAUCAGCGACAAGGAGGCCUUUGAUCGAGCUCUUGGACCUGGCCCAUUGCCCUCACUCGAAUCACACGUCCAGCCCAGUACCCAAUAUCAUGUGGACCCGGCCACUUGCAAGUUCCUAAUGAAGGAUGUGAUGAAAUCACUCCUGAUGCAAUGUGCAGAGAAUGGCAAGAUCGACGUGUUCGAUCACAUUAUCGAUCGCCUCGAAGUCUUGUCAUUUUUCGACAUCCGGGAUUUCAACUUGGCCUUCCGUAUUGCCGCGACCAAUGGCCAUCUUGACUUUGUCAAACGGCUCCAUGAGAUCAUUGUCUACCAUGACGCUGGCCCAAGAUACUUCCAUUUCUACCCGAUCUCUGACGUGUUGAAAAAGGGCCACGAGCAUGUGGCCGACUUCCUGCUCGGACUCCCAUUGGACAACAAUGAUGGCGACGACUAUGACAUGGACAGUGAUGGCGACGACUACGACAUGGACAGUAAUGAUGAUGAGGAUGAUUAUGAUAAUUAUGAAUUAUCGAUCGGACCUGUGAUUGACAUCCAUCCAAGCAUACUGUCGAUUGGUUUGAUACAGAGGUUGUUGGCACUUCAUCAAAUCAGGUUCAACUCCAGCACUUUGCUGGCGCAUGCCAUACUCAAUCAAGACAAGGCUAUCAUCAACUUGUUGGAGCGAUCAUCUUAUUCAAACAGGUUCAAAUCAGACUAUCACUUCGCACUGGGCGCCGCCGCGAUCACUGGUGAUGUUGAGAUGGCCGAGAUGAUCAUUCAAGAGCACCCUGAUGAGUGCAUCCCGCCAGAGUACGUGGACAAGGAUUUCAAGAUAUAUCGUCAAGAUCAUGAAGAGGACAGUGACGAUGACGAUGAAGACGAUGAGGAUGGAAACCUAGUCUUUGAGUUCUACCCCGAGGAGUCAACAACAAAGUUAUCCAGUCAAUGCCAUUCGAUUGCUUAA